CCGCGCUAGCCCCGCUAAAAAGAUGUGAAAAUGGCGGAGCUACAAAUGCUUCUGGAGGAGGAAAUCCCAGCAGGACGGAGCGCUCUGCUGGAUAGUUUCACCAAUCUGGAGAGAGUCGCCGAGUACUGCGAGAACAACUAUGUCCAGUCUCCAGACAAGCAGCGGGCGCUGGAGGAGACCAAGAACUACACCACCCAGUCCCUGGCCAGCGUGGCAUACCUGAUCAACACACUGGCUAAUAAUGUCCUGCAGAUGCUGGACAUCCAGGCGUCGCAGCUACGCCGCAUGGAGUCUUCCAUCAACCACAUUUCCCAGACGGUGGACAUUCAUAAAGAAAAAGUGGCCAGACGGGAGAUAGGUAUCCUCACCACAAACAAGAACACGUCACGAACACACAAGAUCAUCGCCCCUGCCAAUCCAGAGAGGCCUGUACGCUAUAUCCGCAAGCCCGUUGACUACAGCAUGCUGGAUGACAUGGGCCACGGAGUCAAGUGGUUGCAAAGAUUUAAGGCCAGUGCUCAGAGCAUGAAAGCUGGAGGAGGCGGACUUCCUCGCACAAACCCCCCUACACAAAAGCCCCCCAGCCCACCUGUGAGCGGGAAAGGGACCCUUGGGCGGCACUCACCAUAUAGGACACUUGAACCGGUGCGUCCUCCUGUUGUCCCUAACGACUACGUCUCAAGCCCGACGCGCAACAUGGCGCAUCCCCUGCAGAGCCCAGCACGCAAUGCAUCUGUUAAUCAGAGGAACCGCACGUACAGCAGUGGCAGCAGCGGAGGCAGCCAUCCUAGCAGCAGUCGCAGCAGCAGCCGGGAGAACAGUGGCAGCGGCAGCGUCGGAGUGCCGAUAGCUGUGCCCACCCCAGCCCCGCCUACCGCCUUUCCAGCCCCUCCUGCCCCAUCCAACACACCUAAGCAAACACCCGACGCCACCACCACGCCCCCUGUUUGUGACGGCCCCCAUCAGGCCUCUAACCCACCCGUUGAGAUCCCGCAUGUACCCCCACCCCCACCCCCUCCCCAGCUCCCCAAUUCUACAGCCCCCACUGGCACAGGAACCGCCCCUUGUGGCAACCCUGCACAAUGUGCGCCUCAGUUUUACAGCAUGAACCGCACGGUGCAGCCGCCUCAGAACGCCCACGUGGGGGGAUCACUGCCUUACCGUCGGCCCUCAUCUGUCACUGGCCAGCCCAACAUGGCACCCAACCAGAACCAGCUCAAUGGGGGGCCACACUUUGCCCAGAACCAAGGCCCACUUGCGCCCCCUCCCCCUUCCAUGCAGAUCACCCCCCAGCUCCCCCUGAUGGGCUUUGUGGCCCGGGUUCAGGAGACCAUCUCGGACGUGCCGCCCCCGCCUCCCCUCGCGGACGAGCCGGUGUUUGAGGAGCCUACACCUCCCCCCCCUCCACCGGAGGACUACGAGGAUGAUGAAGACGAGGAGGAGGAGUCAGCGGUGGUGGAGUACAGUGACCCAUACGCAGAAGAGGACCCACCCUGGGCGCCGCACACCUACCAAGAGAAAGUGGUGGCCAUCUACGACUACUGUCGCGACAAAGAAGACGAGCUGUCCUUCCAGGAGGGCGCCAUCAUCUAUGUGAUCAAGAAGAACGACGACGGCUGGUACGAGGGCGUGAUGAACGGAACCACGGGCCUCUUCCCCGGCAACUACGUGGAGUCCAUCAUGCACUACGCUGACUGAGCACCUCCUCUGGGGGGGCCGGGCGGAAAGGAGGGGAGCCGAGGGUUAAAGGUCAGAGACUUUGAACAGACAGAGCAUGAUCACCUCUGGGAUGGAACGUGGAAAGGAAAGUUGUCCACCUAAACAACCACUACUUUCUUUCUGCCCACUCAUUCAUUUGUCUUGCUUUCAAAUUGCCCUUUUACUUCUCAGCAUCAUAUUUAUUUGGAAGAUGUCCACGUUGUGACCCACUGCUACAUGACAAAGCUCUUUUAUUUCCCUAUUUAAUUACAUCGUUGCUAAGUCGCUCUUCUGGAAGGUCACAUGACCCCGAAAGGAGUCGAAUUGCACAAUAAUGGCUUGUGAUAUUUGUCAGGAAUAACACAAGUCUGGAUGGAAAUCAUUCACAAGUGGAAUACAGUGGUGCCGAGGUUUGGCUGGAGUCUGCUUCAAAAAGUCCAGCACAAUUUAAAUCAUACACAAACUCAUGACAACUGAUUUAAAUCCAUGAAUCUGUUCCAGAUACAAGAGUGGGGGUGUUUCUUUCUUCAAUUCAAUACGGUUGCUCACCUUUUUUAUCAAAGUGCUGUCACUCGCAACUUUCCUUGGUUUCUGUUGCAGUGGUGCUGGACUACCAAGUACAGCAAUGUGACCAUGCUUUGUUUGGAAAUCUGUUUGAUAACCCAGACAAAAAGCUCAUUUGGCAAACAGCACACAAACCGAGGUACCGCCGUAUUAGCAACUAACAUUAGCGCCGCAAAGGUUUGCUGGACGCAAUAACGCCACUUGUGUUGUAGUCCGCUGCAGCGGGAAGGCAGUGUUCAAUGCACUUAGCAGGCUUUUUCUUUGGAUGUGGCCCUCCUGAAGCGAGUUAGCAGAGUGGCAUGUGUCCACGUGAAGGAGGAAAAACAAUAAUUGACGUCUUAAUAUUUUUAGAUAUGACUUUUUAUUUUUAAUAUUCAGCAAGUGAUGCAUUUCUGUGGUUUCCCCAGACACGUGUGCCAUAUUGAGGGGUGUGCUUGCUUCUUGUUUGACUCCACUUUUUUCCCCCAAGUUGUUUUGAACCAAAAAGCACACACAUUUGUAGUGAAAUGUCGAAGAAUUGAUAUACGAGAUGUGUUCUGUCCUGCAGACCACAUUUAUUGGUUAUGAAGAGAGCCGUGGUGUUGAAAUGGUUUGAACGCCUCAAUACCUCUAAUCUCAGCAGUUUUAGGGGUGUAUCAUCUCAAAUACGCUUGGCUGUGUUCGGUAUUAGCGAGGCCUCAGUGCUUAAGCCAGAAACUUUAUUUUCUACAAGAAAAAAAAAGAAGAAAAUAAAUAUGCCAGUGGGUGUGUAUUUGAGUCUUGCAUGCCAUUGUUAUCUGUGCUGUCCCAAAUAACGGAAAGAGAAAGAGUUCUGACCCGCCUCAUCCGAGGGGACGCUUCCAGUCCUGCUUGGAGCUCACAUCCAAGGAGCUGCGCACCAGCCUGAAGAGGGAAGAGGGAAGAGGGUCUUGGCUUCUUCCUCUCAUGUCAGCGGGGAAGCUGUCAUAAUGCCAUUGUGUUGCACAUUUGAAGUGGAAUUGCAGAAGUAUCAUGUUUGUAAAAAUCCAGAGAAGAAAGAUAAUAAAGAUAUAAGAUUGAA